CUAAGUCAGGUUGUGUCAGCUUCGACAGAAUGUUCCUGGACAGGAUAGGAACCAGUCAAAACCAUGAUGAGGAGCCUUUCCCUGCUUCUACUUGUUGCAUUAGCAGCCCUGGGAGAGAGUGAAGAGGUUGGCAAGCACCACAGUCGAGCUAAACGGGAAUUCUUGUCACGUUCUAAAAGAAGAUGGGUCCUGUCUACAAUAGAACUAGAAGAGGAAAUGAAGGUGGAUUACCCAUUCAAAAUUUCCCAGAUGUUCAAUGACAAGACUCAAGGGAAAGAAUAUAAGUUUGCAAUACGUGUAGAAGGUACAGAUGAUAAACUGUUCAGCAUUGAUGAAGUAACGGGAAAAGUCUUUGUACAUGCACCUGUUGACCGAGAGAAGAAAGCCAGCUAUCAUAUCACAUUUGAUGUCUUCUAUAAAUCAACCAAUGAAAGAAUUGACAGAGAACUAGCUUUUGAUGUAGACAUAAAAGACAUAAACGACAACGCACCAAGGUUCAUUGCGAUUACGAAAGAAGCCGAUGUGAAGGAAAAUACGCCAUCCGGUGAGUACCUGGCAGCAUCAUUGGAGGCCGUAGACGACGAUCAGGAAGGAACAGUCAACUCAACAGUCGUGAUCACCGUGGAUAAACAAAUCCCUUCUGAACCAAAGAUUGGAAUAGUAAACAUUUCUGGCAGACUACACCGACUGAUAUUUGAUGGAUGUUUUGACUAUGAUAAAGUAAAGACUUAUUCAAUUCUCAUUAAAGCAUCUGAUAAAGGAAACCCACCGCUUUCCAGCACUGCUACUAUUAAACUCAAUGUUAUUGACUCAAACAGCCAUCAACCUAUUUUUAAGCAGAGACAGUACAAAACUGAGGCUGUGGAAAUGACCAUCAAUGAAACCAUUUUAAGAGUUGCAGUAGAGGACAAGGAUACUCCCAACACUGAUGGCUGGCGAGCCAAGUACUUCUUUAUCAGCGGCAAUGAAGAUGGACUUUACAAAGUUACCACUGACCCCAAAACAAACGAGGGGGUUAUCGGUAUUGUCAAGGAGAAGAAUUUUGAAAUACACACUUUGGUAAAUCUGCGAAUCGGAGUUGAGAACGUUGAACCAAUAUCUGUCUGUAAAGAUGGAAAAUUAAUAACAGAUUCAAAGAAGGUUCCACCCCAAGAUUCUGUUAACAUCACAGUGAAAAUGAUUGACACUAAUGAUGCCCCAGUGUUCGAAAAAUAUACAGAUGAUGUGUACCAUACGGAGGAAUCAGAGCCAGGACAAGUGCUGUAUAAUCCUAACGUUCAUGAUAUUGACUCCUCUAAAUUCAGGUUCAAACUGAUAGAAGACCCUGCUAAUUGGGUGACUGUUGAUGAAAAAACUGGAAAAAUCACAACAAUCGAGAAGAUGGAUAGAGAGUCACCCUUUGUUGAUGAGAACAAUAUUUACAGAAUUGUUAUUGCUGCCAUUGAUGAUGGUUCUCCUCCAGCCACAAGUACAUGCACCAUCAAGGUCCACCUCGGGGAUAUCAAUGAUAACACUCCUACACUGGUCAACAAGACUAUUAUUAUGUGUGUAAAUAAAGUUGACAAGAUCUUGGUGCGUGCUCAGGAUGCUGAUGCUGACCCAUACAGUGGGCCCUUCAUCUUCUUCUUGGGAGAUGAUAAAACUGCGAGCAAGCUCUGGAAAGUAGAUCCUGCCUAUGGUGAAGAGGUUGCUCUUGUUAGUCUGAAGACUCUUCCCUAUGGCAACUACUCUGUGCCACUGGUGAUUCAGGACCAGCAGAAUGAGCUUGCAGCGGAGACUGUUCAUGUGGAGGUGUGUGAGUGUAAUAAAGGCAAUGUUUGCCGCCCCCGGAAGCCUGUGUCAAUUGGCCUUGGUGGAGCUGCCAUAGGACUAAUAUUUGCAGGACUGCUUCUGUUUCUGAUAUUACUCUUCCAUUUCACAUGGGAAACAGUAAGAAUCCCAAAUUAUAUGGACAAUGAUGAAGGCCAUCAGACACUUGUGAGUUACAACCAAGAAGGAGGGGGCGCUGAAUGCAAGGAUAUGCCCAACAUCUAUAUACCAAUGAGUUUUAAGAGUGUCACAGAUAGCCUCCAGCAGGGCAACAUGCAGAACUCAGAGACAGCCUCCGAAAGCAUGUAUAAUAUGGAUAUGUACAGCCCAAGGAUAUCCGAUAUAUACUCAAACCUGAACACAAAGGAGUCUCAGCAGUUGAGAAGUUUGAGCUAUAAUCGGCGUUCCACAACCUCCACAAUUUCAACCAGCAGGAGGAGCACAUUUCACAACGACUCAUACCGCAGCCAUUCUAUGGAUUGCUGGUCAGAUGCUAAUGUUGAAUACCUUGAUUCGCGAAUUACAAAGUUUAUUGAAAUGGAGAGUGAGCAAGAUAACCGUAUCGUGGUUUAUGAAGAUGAGGGGGAGAUCGGCAGUUGUCAAUCAUUGGAUGAUCUUUCAUUUGACAGCGAUGAGGAUUUUAGCUUUCUGGACUAUCUGAAGCCACAAUUCAACACCUUGGGAAAGACGUGUAGUACGCACUUAGAUCAAGUAAAGAGAUCUAAGCUUUAAAAAAACACUGGAAUGAAACAUUGAUCCCAAAUUGGUCACUCAUACCUUUUAGUUUGCUGUUAAAGACUGAUGCCAAUGGACUUUCUGAGAAGUGUAUCAACAGAAUAGCUGGAUUUUGUACAUAAUGUACACAUCAUAUCUUUAAAUUCAGAUGCUGUGUACAUGAAUUUGUCCAUGACACAGGCAUUGUGAGGUAGCAGCUGCAGUUUGCUCGCUGCCAUAUGCAACAGGUCAGGCUCUGUUGAUCAUGAAAAGUUGAGUUUCGUUAGAAAUUUGAUUCUUGUUUGUUUAUUACUGGUCUAAAGUGAGGAGAGUUAGUUUUAUUUAGGAGCCCUUAUUAGUUGUGGUGUUUUGGAUGUAAUUUUAGACACCUAACAAUUACACUUGUGGAAACUGGGAUUUUUUUGAAAAUAACUUUUAUAGUAUAUUAUCUUUUUGUAAAUAGCCCUUUAUGAGCAUCAACACAAAUACUUUGUAAAGUCAUUAAACUGUAAACUUGUUCAUGCAAUAUUGAGGCUCUGGUGGGGAACGCAUGCUAAAGAUUUGACAAAAAAUCCUUUAUUGCUACUUUUGUUAUAUAAGCAUUUUUACAAUCCUUGCCUGAUUUUUUUUUUUAAUAAAAAUAUUAAUAUAGUUGUAUUAAAGGAAUUUAUAAUUAACAUUACUAAGAAAUAUGUUCACAACAAGUCAAUGUGAAAGUAUUACCCUUUUGUGUCAGUUACCAUAUGAUCUAAAAGAGCAUUUAAAAUGGGUCGUUUUGUGUUAUUGGCUCAUUAAAGCUGCAGAGAGUUCUGAGGAAAUGGUGUAGCCUGAAAGUUUGAACAAGCACACCUCCCCUUGCUGUCUGCUGUGUUACAGCCAUCCCUCCACAGCAGAGCCUGGUGUGAACGAGCAGGGUAGUAAGCAGGGCAACCGAUGACAGCGAAUAAACAGCUAUGGCACAUUCACUGGUAGGGACAAAACAUCAACAAUAUGCUUUACAUUGACUAUGGCCUGCCCAUACUUUGACUACAAACUAGGUCCUCAAAUUAUUAGCACAGCGCCAUUAGCACAGCUGCAGCUCACCGACACCGGGGGAGGGUUGUGAGCAGGGAGCACACAAGCGUGACUGACAGUGCUAAGAGAUUCCUCUGGGCUCUGAUUGGUUGUUUCUGACUGGGAGCACUGCAUUUCUACAAAUGCCAGUAAGUAGGACCGCUGGGAGGAACCAGAGGAGUUUGAUUUUUUCAAAUCUGUCUCACAUUGUAUUACAGUAUGUCAGGACACGACAGUUUUAACAAAAAUGUAAAGGGUCAUUUCUCCCCAUGGCCUAUUUAUUUCAUAAUGUCAAUUUUUAACUGAAUGAUUUGGCCUGUCAAUCAGGGGAAACAGGGCGGAACCAGUUUUUUGAUUGGGCUACUCCUUUACCAAGAUAGACACAAUCCCACACCAAGUAUCAAGUUAGGGCUGAAGGUGCAAUUCAAAUAGGGCUGACUUUUAAAAAAUGUAAUUUUGAAGAAAAAAAAACCAAAAAAGAACUGGCUAGAAUUAUAUAAAAAAAACUAAAAAUAGGCUCAACAAUAAUUUCAAUUCUUAGGUAAAAAUUCUAUAUAAAAAUUAUUUUAUAUUAUAAAGCUGAUUCUUAAUGGAACAUGACAGAUAUAAUAAUGAGCUAAAAAUUUAAUAUGCAUUCAUUUAUUUCACAAUUUCAUUAUCACACUACAUGUUUAUCUAUUAUUUAUUGAUGUAGAUACUUAUUUCAUAAUGUUUCAUUUAUUCAUUUAAUUUUGAGCACUUUGGCGAUCCACAGUAAUGCUACCAAGAAUGCAAUAGAGGGUAGGUAAUAGAGGGUAGAUAGAGGUAAACAUAAAAAAUGGGAACAUAAAUAAUGGCACACAAUGCAUAAAAAGAAGAAGUAUUCUUUUAUUUCCUUAGGUCAAAAUGUGGCUGCUUUAGUAAAUUUAUCAAUACAGAACUUACUUAGAAAUGGGCUUAACUGUUUUUGGAUUUUUUUUGUACAUUUAGAGUUGUGCUUACAUCCUUCACAAGCUAUUGCUCUAACCAGGCAUUCAUGGUAUUCUGUUCAAAGCAGCUUUAUUUUGAUAAAUUAGGUUGACAUUUCACUCUAGUAGUAAGUCUUGUUGUUUUAAUAGAAACCAUAAACAAUUUGCCUGUAUACAGUCCUUUGCAUUUUCUACUUUGAUGUUUUUCAUUGGUGUCUAAUAUGGAAAACUGACAAUAAAGUUUGUAGUUCUGGA